AUGGGUGAGAAAAGUCCUAAAGCAGUAAUAACUGACGGAGACCUUGCAAUGCGAGAUGCAAUCAAGAAUGUUCUUCCUAAUGCGACCCAUCGGUUAUGCGGAUGGCAUCUGCAGAGAAAUGCAUGUGAAAAUAUAAAGAAUCCUAAUUUCCUGCGCAAUUUUAAGGGUCUUAUAUACGACAACAACGACCACAGAGACUUUGAUCGGAGAUGGGAAGCCAUUUUGGAUAAGCACAACCUUGUUAGGAGUACCUGGAUGGAAAAAACGUAUGAAACUCGUUCGAUGUGGUCCCAUUGUUUCCUCCGGGAUAAGUUUUUUGGUUACAUAAGGAUGACAUCACAGUGCGAAGGUAUAAAUUCUCUCAUCAGCUUUUAUGUUAAUCGCAAGAACACCCUCAUUAACUUCAUGCAUAACCUGGAUAGGGCCUUAAAGGAGUAUAGAAACAACGAAUUAAUCGCUGACUUUAAGUCUCAGUGCUCAGAACCAGUGAUGAUUACCUCGUUGGAGGUAUAUGAAAGAUCUGCAUCAUGUUAUUUCACUCGAAACAUUUUUAAGGAAAUUCGUAAUGCGAUUCAGAGGGCAGGGGCUUUGAAUAUCAAGGUACUAAGCACAACAUUGGACAAGGUCGAGUUCAGUGUGACUGCUCUCGGAGACCCGGCCAAAGAUCGACGGGUGGAAGUCGAUAGAGGUAAGAAUCUGUUCUCGUGCUCGUGCAAGCUGUUUGAAUCACGUGGUAUUCCCUGUAGUCAUGUCUUCUGUGCCAUGAAGUUCGAAAACAUACUUGAGUUUCCAGAUUCGUUGAUCUACAAAAGGUGGACAAAGAAUGCAAAGAACGAAUUUAUUAGCACACAAAUGCCUGUGAAUGAUGACGUCGAAAGGGUCUUAAAGUUUCGAAUUGGUAGAUUGGCAUCGAAUUGCAACAAGCUCUGUGAUAUUGCUUGCAAGGAUGUUGCAUACUUUGAUGAAGUCCAAUCUGAACUUGUCAACUUAAUUAUCCGCCUGCAGUCACGCAAACAAGGAAACUCAAUGCCUAAUGUUAACGUGGAAGGCAUCAACGAUCCCUUUGUUGUGAAAAGUAAAGGAGCCCCUUCCAAGAGGUCUUCUUGGAGGAAGAAGAGAGCAUGCUCUAAUUGCCAUAAGUACGGUCAUUACUACAAGCGCUGUCCAGAACUGAUGCAGCAUAGUGUGGAAGGUAACCCCCGCGAUCGAUCAGACGGCAAUGCAUUAGCCAGGGACUCAGGUUUUAGUCCAGAAAGGUUUGCUAAUUCUUCGAGGUCGUUCUCAGUUAAGUCCGAAAAUCACUCAGGACCUAAGACCAAGCCUUUUAAAAAUGCUGGAACAAGGAAGUUUACGGCGACAGGUAUGAGGAACUGGAAGGGUAAAGACAACACUUUUGUUGAGGUGAAGGAGUCACAGGAGGACAAGGGACAUUCAUUCACAAACUAUGAAUGCGUUAAUGAUGUCAUGGAUGAAAAAUAUGACACACCACAUGUGCAGAUUGAUGUCCGAGAUCCAUCACUAUCGUCAAUGCCUUGUGGCAAUAAACAAGGAUCGUACAUGGCAUUGUUCGCAUCGAUGCAUAGGACACUUUGA